UUGAGGCUAACAUGAAGUGGCAGGUAUACGACAGCCAGAGAGACCACUACGUGGCCACCUUGAUGGAGCAACUAGAAGACCUAAAGGAAAAACUGCAACAAGCCAAGUCAAGCACAAACCUUGAUGAAGCAGCCCAGAGAGAGAUUGACAAGAUUUUGUUGGCUUCCAAAGAUAAAGUGACUGCCAUUGAAGAAGAGAAAAUACAGCUAGAAGAUGACCUGAGAAAAUUCAAGCAACUUUGUGAGCAGAAGGAACAGAGGAUACGUCAGUUGGAGGCACAGUUACGUGAGCGCCAAGGUGGAGACAAAGAUGUUGUGGAGGCCCUCAAACAACAGAUCUUGCUCUGUACUGAAGAUUUUGAAGCUGAGAGAAGAGACCGAGAGAGGGCUCAGGGAAAGAUUUUUGACUUAGAAACAGAGCUUCAACUUCUACGGAGACAGCUAGAAGAUGACCUGAGAAAAUUCAAGCAACUUUGUGAGCAGAAGGAACAGAGGAUACGCCAGUUGGAGGCACAGUUACGUGAACGCCAAGGUGGAGACAAAGACGUUGUGGAGGCUCUCAAACAACAGAUCUUGCUCUGUACUGAAGAUUUUGAAGCCGAGAGAAGAGACCGAGAGAGGGCUCAGGGAAAGAUUUUUGACUUAGAAACAGAGCUUCAACUUCUACGGAGACAGUUGGAGAUGUAUGAAGGGGAAGCCGUUCAGAGCAUGAACAGUCGGAGGCAGGCUGCACUGGAGGGACAUACAUAUUGUCCAGGUCGCACUGUUCCAGAUGAUUAUGACCUGGAGGAAGACAUGGAUGAAGUUGACAGCCUCACCUCUGCCAAAGAGUAGCAUUUAAUGUUAAACCAGUACACCAACUGGGGAUGGGCAAUGGUAGCGCACUUGCCCCUCUCCAAGAGAUUUUAAAGAGAAAUUUGUGCUGAAAAUUCACAAAAUGUAACUUUUCGUUUCUCCCAAACCAUCAGAUGUGGCUUACUUAUUCUUCAAUCAAUAUAUAUCUGAGUACAACAGGUGGUACACAUAUCCUGCUUGUGUGUAUUGAAUGUAUUGUGUGCCGUCAAGAGAUGCCCCCAAGCAUUGUUCUCCACCUCUUAUUACCUGUAUACAGCUCUACUGUUAAGAAUGCUGUGAAUGCUGAACUGCUACAUUCCAAGGCAAGAAACAUGCACAUGUGACGGGUCUAUGCCCUGAGAAGCCCAGAAUGCACCUUGGACAUUCAAAUAGAAAAAAGGAAGAAAAAAGAAAAAUAAUAAUCCAAAAAACUUCAGCAUUUUUCUCUCUAUCACCAAGGUACAUGUAUCCCACUAUACUAGUAUACUCUAUUCAUAUAUGUCUAAUUUUUUAUCUCUUCAUAGUUUUCGCUGUCAUGAGUGAAAUCCAUGAGUUAUUGGUCAUCUUCAUGUCAAAAUUGUUCAAUAUUUGGAAUUUGAAACUUAAAAAUUUGAAGCUUAUAUAUAUGUGCAUACUAAACCGUGCACAGGUAAUGAUAUUAAUGGUAGUUUUCAGUUUUAUAGGUAGUUUUAAUAUGACUUUAGGAAUUCUUUUUAAGAUCGUCUUCAGGGAAACAUUUUAAUUUUAAAACAUAUACAGCACCCCUGGUACACGUACUCAGUAUGCAUGUUAAUAUUUACAAUUACCUGUGUUGUAUUUGUUUCUUUUUUAGUUAUAUAAAUAUACAUUAUCUUGCAUAGAAUUAUUCAUAAUGAAAGCUCGCGUAGAUUAAGAGAACUGCAUCAGUAUAGUUGUAUUAUGGGGAUGUAGCUAAAAAAUACACUGGGUCGUUUCCGGUUCCGGUUUGGACGCUCACCUUCUCUGUCCUUCACCUACGUAAGAAGCUUUAUGUAACAUAUGAUGUUGUUUUCUGAUGGAACUUGGUUGAGGAAAUGUGACAGCUUUGGUCUUAAUGCAGAAGUAAUAACCCCAACGAUCGUUUUUUAAGUACAGUGUAGGCUAGCAUAUAUGACAUAUUUCUCACGUCCACUGCUCACACCAAGUUAUUGUUGGACAGUUGAGAUAUGCCAAUGAUUGAACUUGUACGCCACGCUUGGUAUCUGUUAUUACCUUCAUCAGGGAGGUUGUUUUCGGUUGAUUUUCUGUUAGAAGCAUUUCGCAAAAUUAAUAAAUAAGUAAAUAAGUUUGUGGGCGGAUUUUGAGGCAAUUUUCAGAAAUUGUCUGGAGGAGACCAGAAUCAAAUGACAAGAUAUUGGUAGUGAUACAUUAAGUAAUUACUUCAUUUAUAAGAAUGAAAAUUGAGCGCCCUUGAUGGAGGUCUUCAGUUCUCCGCAUGCUUUUUCAGUUGAAAAUUUUAUUUGUGCAUAAUACCAUAUGUAGUCUAUAUUAUUCCAGCGGCAACUUCCUUUGCUCAGAUAAAUUUACGUAAUGCUCGUGCAAUAAGUAUUUACCGCCAGUAAUGCGUUACCUCGCAAAUGUUUUAAGUGUUUAGAACUGCUUAAUAGUAAAGAUUCACGUAGGUUUUCUGUUUGAUCGAGAUUAUUUCGUGGCAGAAUAUGUUCCCAGUCUUUUUGGUAAAUUUGUUAGUCAUGUUGUAAUAUGCUAUAUGUUAUACACUGUGUCAAUUAAAAUGCUAAUAAAAUAUGUAAUUGAU